GUGGAGGCCUGAUCGCGCCGUAUUCGUCAAUGUGGGUGCACCCUUUUCGUCCGAAUCCAGAUGCCUACCAAGUUCUUACCUCAGGAGCAGGUAAGAAUAGAAUCCUUCACGACCUUUGAACUGUACUAAAUCUAGUUCUUCUGCCAGAAUUAGAGUAGAAAAAUCUACUAGUCGAGUAGUGAAAAAAAGUUGAGUUCUUUUAUCUCCUAAGCACCUGUGGACAACCAACAAUGAAUCCAUAAAUCUAAACCACAUGAUGGUGAAGAACUUCUUCGAUAAUUGAGAACUUCUUUGUCAUCAUCGCCAGCGCUUGGCUCAGCAUAUCUCUACUUUCACUACUAGGUGAUGAAGAUGAUGGACGACAGCACCAAUGGAAUGCCCCAUCCAGUGCCACUUUUUAUGGCUUAGCUUGA